UCUAGCUUUAAUUCAUGGUCAUUGAGAAUUCUGUUUUGACUGUCCAUCAGCUGAUCAAAGACCUAUUCUUGGUAUUGUCAAGCUGCUGUGCUUUUGGAUUUCUGUCAGUAGUGUGUGAACGCUAAAUCCCCGCACUGCAGAAAUGCUCAGCAUUCUUUCCAAUGCGAUGGACUAGUUUGUAACCACAUGAUACAAAUAUACUUUGAUGCUCUGAACAAGGGGUAAUAAAAUAUGGAAAGGAGAAGAUAGCUUAUUUCACAAUUUCAAGUGGUCACUAGGUUAAAUCACUUAUGUUUAAUGCAUGAUUAUUAUAAAUAAUUUUUAAUUGACAAUUUUAAGCUCAAAGCAAUUAUUUAUGCUGUAUUUCUCUUUUAUAAGGCUCUUUAGAGGAAAGCGUCUGCUAAACAAAUAAAUGUAAAUGUAAGGAAGAGUUUUAAAGAGGAUGUUACAAUCUAGAAAUACUAGAGAAAUUUCAGUUGGUGUAUAUUUUGUAAAGCUGUCAUUUUGUGUCCUCUGUGUGUCUCUAGGCAGCCUCUCAAAGCAAAGUUUCCCUGAUAGAAGAGGUCUAAAAUUAGUGAGCCCCUAUGACUGUCUUGGCCUAGUGUGUCAGAUUCCAUUCGCAGACUCCGUCUAUUCUAUCGCAGCACCUGCUCCUAGCUGUAACACCCUAUUAAGCUUGGCAGAGACAUGCACCUAUGUCUAAGCAUGAUUUAAAAAAGUUUUAGGUCAGGUUCAUCGUGUCCUUUUUCUGUACAUGCUUGUCUCUUUUUUUUUUUUUUUUUUUUUUUAAAGUGGUGUCAAUUAAUGUUUGAAAUAGCCAGGCUCUGUGAGUUCAGACAGGGCUAACGAUACAGGAGUCGUAGAAUUUUUUUGGGCUUAGCUUGAGGGGCUGGACAUAUCUGUGCACUGAGUGGCCAUGAAGGGUGAGCUUGGCACUCGGAAACCUGGACUCCCCAGUUGGAGCCUCAUUUACAGCUCAUGGUACAGUGCAUAACUGUCCCCUGUGAAUAUUCUCUGGUGGGGCUGUUCCAUUCAAACUGGCCAUAUGGACAGAUAGCAGCAGAAAUAGGUCUGAAAACAACUGCUGAAUGACCAGUUCAGGGAUUUAUAAAUGGCUCAAGUGUGACAACUCGAUGUCUGUGGUAUCUGAAGUAAAGAAAUGGAACGCUGGGUUCUAGAGGGAGACAGCUACUCUUUCCUUCGCAGUGCUCCACAAACGUUCAACCUGCAGAGUCGUGAAGGGCCAAAUCGUGUGGAGAUUUUUGACAUCACUUCAAUCCCCAACCAUCAUAAUGCCAUAUCUGAAACAACCUGCCUGUGUGACAUUUUUGGGGAUGACUGCGAGUCUCCAUCACUUUCCAGUAGCCCGGCCUCUGCAACAUUUGUCAGAAGGGAAGUGGAUCAGCCUUUUCCAGCAGAUGAUGCCAAUGACUCUUCUGGAUCUUAUCACACUGCCAAUGGAUCUGACUUAAGCGACAACACUGAAGUCACUUACAACACACCUUCUCCAAAAAAUAUACUGGAUUGUUCUACAUCGGAGACAAGGGAAUCACAUCCCCAUCCAGGUGAAUCAAACAUCUUAUCUGAUUCUAAAAAUGGACUUAACCCAGUGGAUUACACACCACCUGCAACCAAAGUGAAUGUUAAUAACCUUUCACGUACUGGGAACACGUGGGAAGAACCCAAAGUGUCAGUGAGCACUGCCCCAGUGAAUGAAACAAAAAUUACAGAUGCUUCUGAAUCACAGGAUAUGAAUUUAUCACCAGCUACAAACCAGAUUAACCCAGGAAAGGAUCGUUCUAAUCUUAUGUCUUGCUCUUCAGUGGAGAAAGAACCUGCCACUUUUGAGCAAAAAGAAAUUAUUACAGCACCUCAACAUACAAGUGCAAGCCCAUUUUUAGAUAAACAAGACUGCAUACCUAUAUUUGAGUCUGACUGUGAAUCCUUGGCAGACUCUCCACUUGAACAAAAUAAUGAGGUGUCUUCUGAGAACAAAGAAACUAUGAACUGUCAUAGUCCACAAGAGGAAAACGUUCUCCUUGAACAAAGGAUGAUUAACAGUGGCUCUGCGUCAGAGCUGUCAAAUGCUUCUCCAACAGACUGCAGUCCUAUUCAGGAAAUGUCUACUUCACCUGCAAACAGAGAUAUUAAUAUACCACCCAUACCCAGUGUCAUGCCAGAGCCCAGAUCCAGCUCCACACCUGCAUCCACUGGUAGAUCUUCACCUGAACUGCUGAAUUUGUGCUCAACUCAAGUUGGGAACACAUCAGAGUUUCCAGACUUGGAGGACACUUAUGGUGCAUCUUUUUCAGUAUCUACACUUCCUCCCAGUGGUAAUGUGGAAAUAGAUUCCCCAUCUGUGUCUGCCAUUUCCACUGACACAAGAGGACUAGUAUGGUCAUCCAUAGAUGGCAGAGAAUGUCUGGAAUCACCUGAGAUCAAUGAAACCUGCUCUUCUUCUGAUCCCUCAGCACCUGCUCACUCACCAGAACCAGUAAUGAUUUACUCACCUGUGGGUUACACCAUCAGCCCAUCCCCUACAAAUGAGAGAAUCAUUUCUUUAUCUGAACCUGAAACCUUACCAUCCUCCCCUGUAAUCACAAGGAUUGAUUACAGAGAUAUCGGCUCCUCUCCUGAUCACUCAGAACCAGUAAUCAUUCACUCACCUCUGGGUUACGCCAUCAGUCCAUCACCUACAAAUGAGAGAGGGGUUUAUUCAUCUGAACCUGAAGCCUCAACAUCUUCCCCCUGCUGUCACAGUGAUAUCUACUCCUCUUCUGAUCACUCCGUUCCAGCUCACUCACCAGAACCUGCAAUAAUUCACUCACCGAUGGUUUAUACCAUCAGCCAGUCACCUACAACUGAGAGAAUGGUUUAUUCAACAGAACCUGAUGACCUACCAUCCUCCCCUGCCAUUACAGGAACGGAUUACAGAGCAACACCAACAUGCAGUAGAGAUUCCACGCCUGCGUUAAGAAGUAUUACCUCCACUCCAAACAGCAGAGAAAACUACCUUACACCAGAGCCCACUUCCCCAGCCCCUUCACUAGAAUUGAGAUCAGUCACAUGCUCACCUGAAAUCAAAACAAUAUUUUAUAGUGUUCUGCCACAAAAUACAAAAUCCCCUGUAACGGGAGGCAUCACAAAUAACAUUUCACCAAAUGAAGAUUUAACACAAUCACCUGUGGUAGAGACAACUGUCUGUGGCAAAUCUUCAAGGCCCUCAUCAACUGCAUCAGACCAUACCAAUGACAAAGCUCUAUCCCCUGAUCUCCAAACCGAGCCUUCCAUUCCUCUUGAAAAGGCAGAAAAUCAGCCUUCACCCAUAAUCUGUGAGGGAAUGAGUCCUCCAUCUCCUAACCCAUUAGACAGUGAUCAUUUUGAUGACCUUGCUGACACAGAUACCUUCAAAAGCAGUGUAUCUGUCCCAGAUGAAUGUACAAGGGGUGGACCACAAAUUCUUGGCCAAAUGCAGAUCUUGCAAGAUUCACCAUCUAGACCUUCAGGUUCUGGAUUGUCCACAGUAAAAAUGGAGCAAAAUCAGGAAAUUGUCACUGACAACACAACUGAUUUAACUGUCUGUGGAACACCAGCCUCUCUGAGUCCAUGGGCCUCAUCUGUCCCAAUGCCAGUGACAAAUGUAGAAAAGAAACAAUGCCAUAUUGAGGUUUAUGACAGAAACAAGGGAACAGAAAUGUUGGAAAAUGAUUGCCCAAGCAGUGACAAGAGGCAUAGCCAAGUGCCUGUAGCAUUAAGAGAAAGUCCAGAGGUUAUCAGUAGGGAAAGUGGUGGUAAAUUUGACAGGCAGCCAUGCAGGGAAAAGGAGGAGAGAGGAAAGAGGGAGGGAGAGGGGGCGGAGACUGUGAGAGAUAGUAGUUACAGAAAGGAACAGGUUGAGCUGUCAUUCAGUGCCAGGAAUAGAAAAGGGCCUGCAGGCCACAGCCCAGCGCUCUCAAGUCGAGACCCAAAGUCGGGAAUUCCAGCUCGCUGUUAUUUUGAGUCGCACCCAACAACUCUGCAGCAACAGAGUCAGCUCAGAGCUCAGGGCUCACAACAAGAGAACAAGGGUGGCGCCAGGAGGCUCCAGUCAACUGCCCACGGUAAAUACAGCAGUGCAGGCUUUCUUCCUCUUGAGUGUACUGGCGAGACCUCCAGCAUGGGAAGUGAGUUCGAUGAAGCAGACAAUGAAGUAAAAUGGUUUACAGAUUUGGCCUUCAGCAGCCUGUCUAGCCCUCAGGUGGAUUAUCUGGAUGUGUACAAUUCAAGCCACAGGUCAUCAACAAAUGUUUCUCAGCCAUCGACCGUAGACAGCCCUGGUGCUGUUGCAUGGAUGACCUAUGCAGACUUACGUGGCUCAGCGUUACAUGAAAACGAUAGCUCAUCUUUUCUACCCCGUGACAGCCUGGACCCAAACAAACACUUUGAAAUGGGGAGUUUUGAGUGUGUGGACGUUGCAUUAGAGAGCAAAGAAGAGUCCAGGAGAGGAAAGAGGACAGUACCUAAAAGGCAGAUACAGCUGUUAAGGCGGAACACAGAUGAAUCAAAACAUAAAGGGAACACUGAAAAUGCUUUGAAUUCACCCUCCACACAUAGACACUCACAAGACAACCUUGUUCGUCAACAUAGCACACCAGCUUUUGUGCAAGAGGAGGUUUCCAAGGAGGUACCAGAUUCUCCACAAAAUUACAGGAAAAGGACAUUGCAGAAGUCUGUGUCUUUAGAUGAUGACUCCCCUAAGACACAAAUGGCAUCUUGCAUCAUCAAGAGUGUGUUGUCAAAGAAAAUGCAAGAUAUGCAGAAAGAGAAAACAAAAAGUGCAGACCCAAGUCCAUCUGGAGAUGAAAACAAACGUCCAGAUAUUAGCCCCAGCUCUUUUGAUGGUGUACCAAGUAACAUAGAGAAGCAUAGUUUAAGCUCUAGCCAGCAAUCUGAAUGUACUUUUUUAUCUGAAGGUUUUGCUGUUGGAGAGGAGAGAAUUUCACAUCGUCAGCUGAAGAAGUGUGCCCCAAAAGUUCCUCCAAAACCAUUCUUAAGACCUGUGUUCUUUAACACUGGGGAAACCCGGGUAGCUGGCAGUAUUACAAGGGAAGAAACAAAGCCUAUAGUGGCCAUUCCAUCAUUUGAUGAUAAAAUACUUGUAAAACAAAACAGCAAGAGUAAUGGGAAGGAGGAAGGAGGGGGCAACCUUGGAGAGAAGUACAAUGGUGACUCAGCAAAUGCCAGUGUCAGGAACACAAGUCCUACUGUUGCCACUCCAGCAAUAAGCAUGCAGAGCAAAAUGACAAGCAGAGACACAAAGUACCAGAUGACACUGGAAAACCAGGAACAACUGGCUGGAAAGAGUGUAUACAUGUCAAAAUCCCCAGAAAUAACUUUGAAACCUUCCUCUGUCAAAGGGAAAAAGACAUCUUCUCUGAAAGUGUCUCUAUCCCCUGACAUAGAACAUUCCAGAGAAAUGUCUGAAUCUCAGUCAACGGAGAAUGCUGCAGAAGAUAUGAGCACAAAAUCUAGUCAAAAAGUCAUAGAGACAGAAGGUGACGACAACAAAAAAUCUGUUAUACACAAAGUUAGGGAUGUAAGGAAGUUAGUAAAAAACACAUACAACCUGUCUUUCAAAGCGUCAAAUUCAACUUCUACUGAAGAAGAUGCAAUCAUUCAAGAGAAAAGAGAGCAGCCACCACAAACGCCUCCAGCCUUACACAUUGAAUGUAAAGCCAUUAGUUGGAAGGACAAACAAACAUCAGGUAGCAAAACAAUCCACUGUCAUGCUGAAAAACAGCCUGUUGACAUAUCAAAAAUAUCACAACCUUUAGUUGGUGCAGAGACAAGAAGAGAUGCUGACAUCACUGAAAUAACAUCCAAAGCCUCUUCGCCAAGGACUGAGUCACUACAAAAACUGCCAGAUUCUCACUCUUCAAUCAUAAAUGGAUUACCUGAAUCAGAUAGUGUCACUAAGAGGUCUUAUAUUCACUGUGAUCAGAGUACUAAGAUGCCACCUAGACCCCCCAGUAAGGAGCGGGAAAUUUCUGCAUUAGUGGUUCUGCCGGAUGGCACAUCCAAAUCAAAGACCUUUGAUCUUACAAACCCUGACUCCACUCAAAUGAAAGCUACAAGCAACAGCCACUCUGUAUCCAUGCUACUGAAAGAGAAAGGCAUGCAGGCUGAUAUUGGGGUGUGUGAUGUUCUUACCGAAGUUGGAACUGCUACAGCUAAACAUGUCAACAGGCUUGAGGUCCCUGUACAGGCCUGUUUAUCAGAAGGAUUUUCCAGUGAAGCACAAGUAAGGGCAGAAAAUACAGCAUUGCCUUGCAGUCCAACAGCUCUUGUCAACAAUUCUUCAAGGACAUCCCGACAAAGUGAGAGUCCUAAGGGAACACUGACAGAAGAAUCAACAAAAGAAAAGAAAAUAGCUGCUACCACAACUAUGACACAAAGUCCAACUUAUCUAGCAACAUCUGGCAAGCCAGAGGUGAGGUCUUUUUCAAAUAGUACAAAAAAUAAUGCCACACCAGUGAAUGCAUCAAAAGAGAUUGAGUUACCCAUACAAGUGAGGUCAAUAUCCACUGAUAGACUAAAGCCAUUUGUACCACAAAAACCCAGCUAUAAACAAUCAUUUGCAGAAAUUAGGUCAGUGUCAAGUGACCCACCGAAAGCAGAUGCUCAAGCAUCAUCUGUUAUUAAGCAUCAAACCAGAUUAAGUAAUGAAUCAAAGAAAAAUGAAACACCAACCAUGAUACACAAGGAUCAGUCAAACGAGGCUUCAUCAAGAGAUACAAAAAGACUGGCUGUAUCGGCUGUAUCAAGCUACAAACCACCACCCAUCCCAGUCACAACAACUCCAAGUACUGUGCAGAAAUCCACCAUAAUGACAUUGGCCAGUCUGGAUCAACAGCAAUCUUCUGCUUUCUUUAAAACCACCAGCGCUUGCCAGCAGCAGACCCCAUCAUUCAGUCAAGACAAUUCAAUGUUAGAUAGUUCCUUUGCUUCUAACUCAUCAGGAGCACAAGCCCUCGAACACACACAAUCUGUGACAAGAGCAUCAUCUAAUAAUCGUUUUCACACAGAUGACUAUCUUUUUUAUACUUCAGAUGAUCCCCCCAGCUAUGAUGAGCGAGAGAGUUUCAGCCCACUACAGCUGUCAGACUUGCCCCCACAAAGGUCAUGCAGGUAUCAUCCAACCACUAAGCAAUCUCCAUGUGUCUGCACACUAAGUUCCCACUCACAUCAAGGACAUCACCACCACAGUCCACAGGAACGGGUGCCAGCAGCCUCUCGGUCUCCAGGCCAAAUCCUUACCUGUCCGGGACCUCCUCCACAAGCUCAAGUUCGUCCUCAACAGUGCAGACCAGAUGCUCUACCAGUCUCCAAUAUCUCCAAUACCUCUGCUUUGAUUCAGCCUCUACACAACCCUCGUGCUUGCCCUGUUUCAAACUCACAGUCCUACGGUGAUGACCAACCACCAACUUCUGGGCUGCAUGCAGACAGACGCCCAGCUAAUCAUCCUUCACCUCAAGCAGCAGCUCCUGCUUCCGCUCCCUAUCAUGAGUACUCUCAUUCAACUGACAUGUCUACUCUGGAUCCCAGGCCUCAGUUGUUUAAUCCCCAAGAUUUGUCACCAUCUUUUGGUCAUGAUUACACAAAUGAGGGCCCAGGUGGAGCCGGUGUAUUAUAUCCAGAGAAUGCAAGUGGGCUCAGCUGUGGCCAAGUUCCUCGUCGUGUUCUUCUUGAUCCCGAGACUGGUAAAUACUUCUACAUUGAGGUACCAAUGCAGCCACUCAGAAAAAUGCUGUUUGAUCCUGAAUUGGGCCAGUAUGUGGAAGUUCUCAUACCGCAGCAGGCAAUGUCCCACUCGGGCCUGUAUCCACCAGCUGCACCACCCUACUCCUCUUUGCACAGUUCUGGGUUGUAUGCACCACAGUACCUACCUUAUGCAGUGCCAUCUUACCCUAUCCCAGGCAGUGGCCAACAAGUUCGCCAUCCGGAGCCGCCUCCUGUCCCUACCACACUUCACCAGACUUCCUUAAGGUACGGAAGCCCUGCAAGUCAGAUGCCAAAAAAUGAACCCAAAGGCCACUCAUCGCUGGAUCAAAGCUACCUAGAAAGCAUGUAUUACAUCCCCACUGGGAUGAAUGCAAGCCCAAAUUCAACCCCUUUAGACUGCUACCACAAGGCAUCUUCAAGCUUGCCUCCUUCAGGGGGAAGAAGAGCAUGAAACAACAGUAGAUACAUGUGAUCUGUUUACAUUUAAAAUCUGUUCUAGUCAGCAGCAUUUUUAAUUUAUGCUGGAUUUAAUAAGUCAACAUUUCUAGUCAACAGUUGUAAGACAGUAUUAAUGUUGUUUCUGUAAAUGACAAUGUGUUAACUACUCAAAAAAAAAAAAAAAAAAAAAAAAAAAAAACGUCUUUGCUGUUGUUUUUCUGUUUGCUGUUUUCCUGACAUUUAUGGUUGACAUUCACAUCAUGGUGGUCAUUCUCUGAUAUUAUUUCACUGUAUCAUUUGUACAGUACCCAAGUCCUUCACCUUUCUUGCAAAGGCCAAGCUUAUGCAAUGGUAGGCCUGUCAUGAUUUAAUCAAUGUCUUCCUUUAUUUCUGAAAGGAUUUAUAUUGUUGCAGCUAUAAUAAUGUGUUUGGCGUUUUCACUUCUAAGUUUAAUGAUGUUAAACACAAUAUGACAACACUUGUAAUUUCUUUGUGCAAAGCCUUUGAUGUGCACUGAGAAAUGCAAGUAAAUGCUGUACAUUUGGGUGGAUGAAAAGAAUGUGGAUGUGCAAGAUCCACCAGUUCAUUAGUAUUAAAAUCACAUAUUUUCUACCAUCAGAGGAUUGCCAUUUACUAUUUUUUACACAUGUAUACACCCCAUUAAAGAUAACUGUCUGCAAAA